AUGAUGGGACGUGAAGAUGAAUUAACUUUUACACCGGACAUCUUAUCCAGAGUUGUUCCGGAAUUAAUCUUUCAAAGAAACCUUUCAAUUGGUACAAGAAUGAAUAACCGAAAAUUUGAAGAAUUUGCCAAAUAUCAAACAAAUACAUUUAGAGAUAUAAUAAAAGAUCCAGAGAUCCUAGGGAGUAGUAUAUUAGAAAUCCAAGAUACACCUAACAGCACUACAGUAUUUGUUACGAUUAAAGGUGGGGUUGUAGAAGAUACAGAACGACCAUUAUAUAAACAAUAUGAAGAUCGAAUUCCUGGGAUAUAUCCUGUAGUCGAAAUUGAGCGUGGUAGAGGGAAUUCUCCACCAAGUGAUGAAGAAAUGAUUGUUGGCCAAUUGUUAAAUGAUAUAUUACAACAUUGUGGAAUAAUAUCUUGUGAAUCAUUAAAGAUCAACAUUGAAAAUCGAAAUACUGUAGAAAAGGAUGAAAUUGAUUUUUUGGGAUUACAAACUGGAGGUAAAAGAUGGAAAUUUGUACUUUAUAUUAAAAUCAAUGUUUUUAAUAGAGAUGGGCCUAUUUUCCAUGCUUGUUGGAAUGCUAUAAUGACUGCAUUAAGGGAUACCAGAUUACCACAAGUGUAUAUCAAUGAAGAAAAUUUAAAUGAAGUUGCAUAUAAUUUAAGAUUAUUGAAGAAUAAAAAUAGAAGAAAUCGAUUUCAAUCUAAUGAAAAAGUAAAUAAAAUUUUAUGCUUCAAUCAAUUACAAACUUAUCCAUUAAGAUUGAAUGAAAACAAUAUAUGUUAUGGCUGUAAUUUUGGUAUAACUCGAUUACAACCUGAAUAUAGUUUAAUAGAAGAUGAGGGAGAAGAAGAAAAAAGGGAAACAAGUGAACUUGUAUUGAUAAGUGAUAUAAGUAGAGAAGGUGAAGAGGCAUCUUUAAGUAAUCAACUUAAUAUUCUCGUCACACCGAAUGGGAAUAUAAAAUAUUUAAGUUUAUCGGUAGGUGAUAAUAAAGAUAAGGGUAAUGUCAGUAUAGAAUUACUUAAAAAAUCUAUUCGAUUAGCCAUUGAAAGAUCUAGAGAACUUCAAGCGUUGAAUAAGAAAGAUUGA